CAUCUCGACUGGGAGCCUCACUCUAGGCUGAGCCAGGAUAGGCUUCACGUGCGAGCUGUGACACUUGUUUCACCACGUUCAUUCAUAAGUAUCCCCACACAAUGGCUAGUGUACUCUCGAUAUCAUUACUUUCUGAGGCCGAAUAUGGCUGUGAGCAUCUGGCCACGCAAAUGGGGCAGGAUGUGAGCACUGCAGAGCAGUUCAAGAACGCUUUUAUCAAAGCGCAUAAUUCAUUAGGCCAUCUCCAGCGUUCGAUGGAGUCAUCAAAGCAGAACGGUCGUCUCAAAUCCAAGGAUUUUCUGAAACCAAAGUACACUUGCUUGACAUGCGGUGAAACGAUGCCGAUGGGCGGCCGGAAAGCCCAUACCGAGAAGACUAGUCAUCAAUUCUACAUGGAUUCGCGAGCCCGCACAGUAUACUGCCAGGCUUGUGGAGAUUUUGUCUAUGACCACGGCCUCGAACGACUUCGGUGCUCAACAACAGAAAGCGCUCUUCAAGUCGCCAAGAAACGUCGCUUCAGCGAUAGCUCUGCGGACGAGCUUUAUAUUCGGAGCAAUGCCAGCAAGCGUCCUUGCGCUAAGCAAGGUGUCAGGGGCUUGUUCAACCUGGGGCAAACCUGUUAUCUCAAUGUCAUCCUUCAAACCCUCCUGCAUGACCCAAUACUGAACACUUAUUUCCUUGGGAACGGUCAUCAGCCCCACGACUGCACUGCUUCUGACUGCGUAGGAUGUGCAGUUGCGGAGGCCUUCGCGGAUUUCAACAGCAGCGACAAACCGGAAGGGUUCGCAGCUCUCAAUCUUCUUUUAGCGUCAUGGCGUGCAAGUUCUACAUUAGCAGGUUAUCAACAACAAGACGCACACGAGUAUUAUCAAUUUCUCGUCGACAAGCUUCACCUUAGUACCGAGAAUCACCGAGAAGGCCAUGAAAAGGGUUGUCCUUGCUUCUUUCACAAAACCUUUUACGGCAAGCUUCGAAGCAGCGUGACUUGCGACAAGUGUGGCAACGUCACACGAACGGAUGACCCUAUGGUGGAUCUCAGUCUCGAUGUUCAAGUGCAGGCGAAGAAACGCGCCAUGGGUGGCACAGGAGUUUCGUCGACGCCUACCCUGAGCGGAUGCCUGGAGAGCUACACGUCUCCGGAGAAACUAAUGGCAGGCGUGUACAACUGCAGUCACUGCGGCGGAACACCACAGAAAGCCACCAAACAACUGCGCAUUCGGAAAUUACCCGCCAUUCUGUGCAUGCAGCUAAAGCGCUUUGAACACACCUUUUCCGUCUCGGAGAAGCUAGAAGGCAAAAUCGACUUUCCACUAUCGAUCAACAUGCUCCCUUAUACAACCUGCCCGCAGGCCAAAGUUGACAGGUCCAGAUUCGUAUAUGACCUCUCAUCUGCCGUAGUACAUCAAGGCAAGCUCGAUGCGGGGCAUUACUACGUCUACUGCCGCCAAGGCGAUGAUUGGGUACUCUUCAACGACGACAAAGUCACCGCCGUCACCGAGGCAGAAGUCCUCAACGCUGACGCCUAUCUCCUGUUCUACAACCUUCGAUCGCUGGCUUCUGCGCCGCAAUAGAAGCUAGCUACCUAUCGUGUACCAUCACACCACAUCAUCACAUCACAUUGUACUCUGGCGGCUGCCUCAUCUUUUCGCAUUCGGUUUGUCUUCAGCGACUCGGAGUCCACGGCUAGGAGUUGUAUUAUUAUUGUUUGAUUGGUUGGUUGCAUGUAUGUUCAUGUAGGAGAGCUGUGGCUGGAUGCAAGACUGCUGUUGUGAAGUUGGGUUGCGUUUCUUUUCUUUGCUUGCUUUAUAGCUCAGUCGCUUAGAUAUAGCGGGUUUGUCUGCGCCGUGUGCGUUAGACUAACUAGUAUAGUAGAAGGGGCUAAGGUUGCAGGAGUGCGUAUACAUGGCUGAGUUGCCUAGCUAGAUAUGGAUGGCGAAUACAGGCAGUAUGA